ACCGAGAAAGCAAAUUCGCGACUUCUGUCAGAUCGCGCGACACGAGCGAGCGAACCGAGCCGAGAGCGAGAGACUCGCGCGCGGACGCAAACAACCACCCGUAAACACACGCGUCGCAUCCUCCGCUUUUUCGGUAUAUUUGCACGACAGUCGCGCGCGAGCGUUUCGGUAGUAAGCAGCUGAUUAAUCCGCUCGCCAAAGAAGAACAGGAGAACGCGCGCCUCGAGGACGCUUCGUGUGUACGUCGAAAUGAACUCGGAAAUACGUACAAUUCACUCUAGUCACGCCUAACAAUAUCACCAAAACAAUCAAGGAGUCGCCGCGUGAACGAGAGCUCUCGACAGAAUGGAGUCCACCUGAAAAAACAGACAAACACCAGCUUCACAUUGGUUUAUGCGUCUCUUCCGAAUUCCACGUUUGAUCGAGCGUCAUCAUGUCCAAGUACAACGUCAACGAGGAGUACGAUAUGGAGAACCGCAGGGAAGUAACGUUGACCGGCUUCAGCAGCAACGCGCUCGACGAUAUUCUUCGCGCGAACAAUAACGAACCGAGUGCUCUAAACGGGAAUCCCGGCGGUGCACAUGCCAUCACCAAAGAUGCCAAAAUUGUUAAUCUCGAAGUACCGCAAAAUUCCAAUAAGAAUGUCCUGUGUACCUCCGGAAAAAGGUGGCUCCAUCAACGAGUGAGGAGGUCUUGCAAGAAAAAACUACUGUUCAAGAAAAUACCGAUUCUAGCGUGGUUACCAAAUUAUCGAAAAGAAUACGUAGUGAGCGAUUUAGUGGCCGGAAUUACCGUAGGCCUCACCGUCAUUCCGCAAGCUAUAGCGUACGCUAACGUUGCCGGACUUCCGUUACAGUAUGGACUCUACUCGUCCUUCAUGGCUUGUUUCGUGUACACAAUUUUCGGAUCUUGGAAGGAUGUACCUGUAGGACCAACCGCGAUCGCUGCAAUUUUAACGAGGGAGACAUUACAAAAGGCCCAUCUAGGACCCGAUUUCGCCGUACUACUGUGUUUCGUUUCGGGCUGUGUUUCUCUACUAAUGGGCAUUUUGCAUUUAGGAUUUUUACUGGAUUUUAUAUCUGGACCGGUAUCCGUGGGUUUCACAUCAGCGGCAUCCAUCAUCAUCGCUACCAGCCAGGUGAAAGAUAUUCUCGGGCUUAAAGUUACUGGCACUAAAUUCCUGCAAGUCUGGCAAAGUAUCUUCGAACACAUCGGCGAGACGAGACGUUGGGACACCGCACUGGGAAUUGUCUGCAUAAUCGUUCUUCUGCUUCUCCGAAAGGUGAAGGACUGGCCGAUAAUAUCAAAAAACACCAAAGUACCAUCGCAGCUUCAACAAAUCAUCACAAAGAUGCUCUGGCUGAUCUCCACAGCCAGAAACAUCAUCAUAGUAAUCGUCUGUGCGGUAAUGUGCUGGCUCCUCGAGAAACAUUACGGAGAAUCGCCCGUGAUUUUAACGGGUCACGUGAAACAAGGAUUGCCGGAAUUUCGUUUGCCACCCUUCGAAGCUCAGGUUGGGAAUGAAACCUAUACCUUCAUCGACAUGGUUUCCUCUCUAGGCACUGGUUGUCUGAUUGUCCCCAUGUUAAGUCUGCUGGAAACCAUUUCCAUCGCCAAAGUAUUCUCGGAGGGCAAGUCGAUAGAUGCGACUCAAGAGAUGCUGGCGUUAGGCGCGUGCAACGUGAUAUCGUCGUUUGUGUCAUCGAUGCCCGUGAGCGGAGGCCUUAGCCGAGGCGCGGUCAAUCACUCGUCUGGGGUAAAGACUACUCUCGGUGGAGUCUACACUGGAUUAUUGGUGCUCAUAUCGUUGCAGUUCCUCACACCUUAUCUGUACUACAUUCCAAAAGCCGCCCUAGCAGCCGUCAUUAUCGCUGCGGUCGUCUUUAUGAUGGAGUUUCAGGUGGUGAAGCCCAUGUGGCGAAGUAAAAAAAUUGAUCUCAUACCGGCCGUGGCUACGUUUAUAUGUUGCCUCUUUAUACGACUCGAAUUGGGCAUAGUGAUCGGCAUCGGUAUAAAUCUCCUGUUCCUACUUUACGCCUCGGCUAGACCGACGUUACGAGUUCAUAAAGCUACAAGUAUUAGUGGCUGUGAAUAUCUUGUCAUAACUCCAGAUCGAAGUUUGGUGUUUCCGAGUGUCGAAUACGUGCGAGCUGUCAUUAGUAAACAAGGAUUGCGAGAGGGAACCGCCAUGCCUGUUGUAAUAGAUUCCACGCAUAUCCAAGCAGCCGAUUUCACCGCUGCAAAGGGUAUUAAAACUUUAAUAGAGGAUUUUGCUAAGCGGGGUCAGCCCUUAAUCUUUCAUAACUUAAAGCCGAGCGUUAUCGAGAUCUUUAAAGGUGUGAAACCUUCAGGGCUCACAUGCAGUUCUAGCGAACUCGAACUCAACGACUGCCUUAAAGAAUACACAAAUAAUUCAACAGAAAAUCUCAAUCGAUAUUAAUUGUAAAUAUAUAAA